CGUAUGCACAUUUUCAGAUAUUUGGCAUAUCUGAAACAAGUAAGAGGGCAUUCCAGUUUCCUCUUGCAGAACGUUUUCCUGUUCUGCAGCUUUAAGAUUUUACAAAGAACUGAACCCUAUUGUUGAACAGGUCAGGUUAUUUUCACUACCGUUGCUGGAGUGGCAGAAAGCUCUUACGUCACACGCACGCUGAGGUGAAUAUGACAACAAGAAGUGAGCCGCAGACUUUAGGACCCAGUCCAGUCAGGUCCACGGACCCAGCCGGUCGGGUUUCUCUCUCUAUAAUGUCCUACGUGCUGCCAGAAGCGUGUUCCGCUGGACACAACUGAAAAAAUUGAAGGAUUGUCAUUUGCUUUAAGCAUUAGAGCAUCAUGGGUGGAGUGGCACUGGAUGACGGCGGCUGUAAAGUGAAAGCUCCUGAUGGUGGUUGGGGUUGGGCUGUGCUCUUCGGUUGCUUCGUCAUCACAGGUUUCUCCUACGCCUUUCCAAAGGCCGUCAGUGUUUUCUUCAAGGAGCUGAUUAGAGAGUUUGGGGUGGGUUACAGUGACACAGCCUGGAUCUCCUCCAUCCUAUUGGCUAUGCUUUAUGGCACGGGGCCUUUAUGCAGCAUUUUAGUGAACCGAUUCGGAUGUCGUCCAGUGAUGUUGGUGGGCGGCCUAUUUGCAUCGUUGGGAAUGAUCUUGGCAUCGUUUGCCACGAGCAUCAUCCAUAUUUACUUGUGUACAGGAGUCAUUACAGGUCUUGGAAUGGCUCUGAACUUUCAGCCAUCACUCAUUAUGUUGAAUCGAUACUUCAGUGAGAAGCGUCCACUGGCCAACGGUCUGGCUGCGGCUGGGAGCCCGGUGGCCCUGUGUUGUCUGUCUCCUCUUGGACAGGUUCUUCAGUAUGAAUAUGGCUGGAGAGGGGGCUUCCUCAUUUUGGGAGGAAUACUGCUAAACUGUUGUGCCUGCGGUGCUUUAAUGAGGCCUUUAGUCCCACCCAAGUCUUCAGAGGCCCCUGGGAUAGAAAACGCACCGGACGAUGGCGACAAAACUGUGAAACCCAAGCCCAAGCUGCUGGACUUUAGUGUUUUCAGAGACAGAGGUUUUCUCAUUUACACCAUUGCUGCCUCUAUUAUGGUCCUCGGUUUGUUUGUUCCUCCAGUGUUUGUGGUGAGCUAUGCCAAAGAGCUGGGAAACGAGGACACCAAAUCUGCACUUCUGCUAAGCAUUUUGGGCUUCAUUGACAUUUUUGCUCGGCCCACGUGUGGCAUAAUCGCCGGACUCCAGUGGGUUCGUCCUCGCUGCGUCUACCUCUUCAGCUUCGCUCUCAUUUUCAAUGGCAUCACAGAUCUGGUUGGCUCCCUGUCUAAAGACUACACUUCUCUGGUGGUGUUCUGCAUCUUCUUCGGCAUCUCUUAUGGGAUGGUUGGAGCCUUGCAGUUCGAGGUUCUCAUGGCUGUCGUGGGCACAGAGAAGUUCUCCAGCGCCAUCGGUUUAGUUCUUAUGCUCGAAGCCAUUGCUGUGCUGGUUGGUCCUCCCUCUGCUGGCCGUCUUUUGGACCACACAAAGAAGUAUAUGUUUGUCUUCCUGCUGGCUGGGAUCGAGGUUGUGUUGUCCGCUUUAGUGCUGGCCAUAUGCAACUUCCUGUGCAUAAAGAAGAAACCCGAGGCACCAGAUGCGGCAGCAGUGGAGUCUGGAGAACCAGUCGAGGAGAAGAAUCACUCCAGUCCACCAGCCACAGAGGAGCCACACACGCCCAACGGAAACUCAGAGAAGCCAAAGACUGAUCUGAGACCUGAGAAUGUCACGGAGGAGCCCACAGAAGAGGAAACAUUUCUUAAAGAGGAAGAUGAGAAAGAGAAAACCAUCACCUGCAGUGCAGAAUCUGACCUCUGAUUUACAGACUUUGAGCUGUUCUGCCUGAGAAAGAGGGUGGACAGACACAAAUUUCAGUGUUAAUGUGUUUGUCAAUGUGUAGUUGAUUCAGUGUCCAAAUGUGUGUGCUAUUUACUGACAGGUUAAUCCAUAAUACAGACCUCCAAUGCCCUCAUGCUGUUCCAAACAUGGCAUUUGCACUGCCACACAGAGAGAUUUAGACAACACAAUCUCUAGUUCAUGUCUAUAGCUCGUGGAAGGAAACAUAGCAAAUGGCCCUAGUCAGCCUCUUAAUUUUAGACAAUUUUGAAGCAUUUGGGGCGAAUUCUGCUCGUCAUUGAUGAAUGAACUUAAAAGAGUUAGUUUGUAGGGAGCAAAAUGUUCAUAAAUAUGGUUCACAAAGCAAUGUUUAGGUUUACUUUUAUAAACUUAAUAAAGACAACAAAAAAGCAAAAAAACACUUUAUUCACGUUGCUUAUUAAUCCUUUUGAUCUAACUUAAAUCUAAUUUAGUUAAAAUUUGCAUUUCCUUUGACUAAAGUGACUUGAACACACCUGAUAUCAUAAUUAUGCAGAAUUUGCAAAUAAUACAAACUUCCCAGGACAUGAACUCAGACCUAGUCGUCAGAAAAUACCCAGUUUACAGUUUGGACUUUCAUAGGACUUACAAUAUGGCAUUGAAGCAGCAACCCAAUCCCAUUAUAUAUAUUUUUUAUUACACCACAGUUACCCUUGUCUAAAGUCUAGAAUGCAUACAAUUGUUACAGCGCCUUUGACAAAGUGCUAAAUAAACCUCACAACAUCACACAACUCUAAACAGAUAUCCAUCACAGGAACUGACAAGUGUUGUCAUGGACUGAAAGUACUAACAGUUAUCAGAUAUUCUGCUUCUCGCUCAAAAUACUCACCGCUCACAUGCUUUUGUAAUAGUAUGUGUCCCUAUCUAUUGGUGAUUAUAAUUUGUGAACUCAAGCAAUAUGUAAAAGCUUUGUUUGUGUGUUGUCGAAGUGCGAUCUAUUGGCUUUUGUAGAUGUCUGAAAUGCCGUGUUAUACAGUAGUCCACAUUUGUAGUGGAUCAAAGCAUUUUAUCUAAGCUGUCCUGAAACUACUGAACAUCACCCAUUCUUGUCUUCGUGGGACAAUUUUAAGAAAGAAAAGGUUUCAUCUACUUCAAAUGUUAACUACUAUAUUCCUUUCCCUUACUGUUUACAUUCCUGAUACUGUAAUCCUGCUGAAUUAGGAAAUGGUGCCUACUGCCCCACUUUACCUUAUAUUUUUGUUAUGUCUCAAUGCCAAAGGACAGUGAAAUCUGAUUGUAUUAGUUUAUGAAAGUCUGUAAAAAAAGUUUUUUUUUUUUUUAAACUGUGAGAUAUAAAAGUAUUGUUUUCUAGAGUUUUCAGAGAUUACAUCUUUGAUUAUAUAUUUUGCUAUUCUGUUUCUUGUCAUUUUUUUAUGAUUUGCAAGAUUAUAGGUUCUUGUAAUUAUACGUUCAUCAUAUUCAUGACUUUAAAUGUUACAAUUCUAUCUUUUUUUCUCAGAAUUGUGAUAAGAAGCUAUUUUUGGAGUUUUCAUAAGCUACAUCUAAUAAUUCUGAGUAUAAAUGUCCAAUAUUUGUCAGAAAUCUGUGUUCAUCUGGUAUUUUGUCUCAGAAUUCAUAAUUGCAUGUUAACAUCUCAGAAUUGUUUCUCAGAAUUAGAAGCCUUGAGCUAUAAAUACAACUACUAAUUAAUAAGUUUAGAAAAUGCCUCAGAAAAGUCGAAAAUUCUUUCUAAAUCUUUGUAAAAAAAAAAAUCUGAAUUAUAAAAAAAAUCAUUAUGUUGAUGUAAAAAAGUCAGAAUUUAGAGUCACCAUUAAGGCUUCCAUAUUAGUCAUAUUAGUUGUACUGUGAAUUUAUUUUCUGAUAUAUUGCUGUAAUUCUCAACUGAGACUCGUAACAGUGAAAUAGAGAGCAGGUAUCUCUGUGUUCAUACGGCUUAUACGAAGAGUCCUUCGGCAAUAUUUUCAUUUACCUUGUUUUUUCUAGUUUUCUCACCAGAAAUAUAAUCUACAUUCUCUUAAUUUCAACACAGAUGCUUAAUUUCAAAUACUCAUACUGAACUAAUAUUGUUUUUCUUGUUUAUUGAAGAAAGAAAAGCUUGCAGUGCAUCCCAUCAUUUCGUUGUUGUGUAAACGAGGUUUGACAGCAGCACUGCCUACUGGCAUUGGUUCUAAUUUUACACCAGCAUCAACAGGAGACAGCUCUGCUGCUGACUAAACUACUUGCCACAUCAAAAAAUGUGUUUUUCAUGUAAACAAUCUUCAGUGCAGCUAUGAGAAAUUUUGCCUCUGUAAGCCCAGAAUCUGUCCCACUGCCCUUCCACUGUGCCUAGAGUCAGGCUGGGACAUUUUUCUGUUAUUUACCGUCACUGCCUGGUUUCAGUUUUCAGACUAGCAGCAUAAUUUGAUAAUGACCCCAUCUCUGUCUGCAGAAACAUAAAACCAGAUCUGCUCAAUAAAUGUUGAAUUCACA